GCCCUGGGUAUAUCGCGAGCAAAGAAGAGCACAGUUGAGCCUUGAGGACCUAAGUGUCUAUCUACGAAGGAACGAUUGUCUUCUGAGAAAAGUGCCUAUAGAAGGCGAGCCUAUCUUAGUGACGCGUUACAUUCUCAUCACGUUGUCACGGUCCAUACUGAACUUCGCGCGAAGCGAUACUCAAGGCUUCCCCGACAACCAUUGUAACUUGUCUCCGAAGUCGUUCAGCAUGCGUUCAGAUGUAUCUGCUACGCUUGGUGUACUUUUCGCUUCGCUGCUUAUUACGCUAAGUGCGAAACUGCUGCAGCGACGAAACUCAUUCGGAGCACGAAGGCUCUUUGCACUUGGCCAAACCAGAGACAUCUCAAAUCCGGUGUCUGGAAGGCGUGGUGCUCUUAAGCAUCUACCUCGUGAACAGGGAACACCCGUUUCCCUGUCUGCUGCACACCGUGUUCUCCUAUGUGACGAGCUCCUACGUCAAAUCCUGAAUAUCCUGGACGUUUCCGAUGCCGAAUUCGGAGACGAGAAUAGAGAUGCUCUUGCUUCAUUGGCAAGCGUUUGCAAAUCCAUUUCACCUGCUGCCCUCGAUGUUCUAUGGAGCCGGUUAGACAAAAUCGAUCCCUUACUUUCUCUCGUACGUACAUGUGAAGAAUCGGCACAGUCGGAGAAUUUCCCUGCAGCUUCACGCCGGUUCCUGCAGUACAGUUCUAGAGUUCGCGUUCUGAUCGUGGCGCGUGACGACAUUCCUGCCGAGUGGGUCGCCUUUUUACGGCGAAUUACUAUCCCGCAGUUCUCUCACUUGACUGGAUUAUUUUGGUACAUCGAAUCAGAGUCCAGUUGUGACGACAUCGACCUCUUCAUAGUGCCUUCUUUAAAGGACAUUUCCUUCAGCAUUCAAUACGACGUGGGAAUCUCCAUGUCUAACAUCCUUCGAACUGUCUAUCAGACGGUUCCUGACAUCACCUCGUUGCACAUGCAUUGGCUGGAACCCCGUCCACAGAGUUACGAGCACUGUGAAAAUAUGCUACAUUCCAUCGCCGCUUUUCAUCAACUUCGAUCAUUGUCGACUAAUUUUGACAUAUCUCAUUAUCCCGAUGCCCUUCAAGUACUCUCUGGACUAUACAGUCUCGAGAACCUUGAGCUCGAAUCUUCUGUUGGCAGUAACGCCAUUCGUUCCUCAGUGUUUACCCCCCUUUCCCAAGGUUUCCCUGCGUUGCGGUCUCUCUCCCUCAACUGCCCUUAUCGCAUGGCGAAAGUCUUUCUUCCGGCUCUGCACGGCUGUGCGAUUAGCAAGGUCGAUAUCGCCAUACAAGAUUCACUUCCGUUUUGGCAUCAGCAGGACCUGGUCCGUGACCUACUGGCAAACUUCUCUUCUUCCAUGAACUCGGUUGAGAUUGGGAUACCUGACGGGAUAUACUUCUCCUCUCUGGAAGAAGGCCUCUUAUACCCCGUGAUAAUCACUCAUCUACUAGGAGCAAGGCUGACGGACGUCCACCUGAUGUAUCUGGAAGCUGAAACUCUUUCAGAUGCACUAUUUCACUCCAUGAGUGUCGCUUGGCCGCACCUCCGUUCACUCCGGCUAGCCACCUGUAACACAGUUACUGAGCCGCCUGCCAAGAUGGUUACGUUAACUGGGCUUAAAUGGCUUGCAUUGCAUUGCCCCGAUCUUCGCGAUGUUGCAGUCCACGUCAAUGGAACCGGAGAUCGGUGGCAGCAUGAAAUCGAUCUGAGCUGCCCCGGCAAGGCUACUAGGUUGCAGGAGUUAAACCUCGCACGUUCCCUCGUGGAUUCCCCACAUUCUGUCGCGAGAUAUUUGCGAUGGUGUUUUCCCGCCCUCCGACAAGUGCGUUUCACUUCUAAGGAACCCUUCGAACGCCGGAGUCAGGACAUUAUGCAUGCAUGCAAGGAAGUGGCUUCACUUCUUAGGGCCGAUUCCCUGUCGAACGGCACCAUUUGAUGACGCAGCGAAUGUUUUAAACUUUAUGGACACUGUCCUCUAUCUUUCACGUAUUAUCAUCCACCCUUCGAGGUUUGCCCUUGUUCUCAUUACAACUAGCCAUACUUUGAAUUGUCGCAUUGCUGUUCAAGACGUCGCUCGAAUUCGUAUGUAGGAUUGGUCCUUCACUUAUCUGUUGUCCGGGGAUCAGAUUUCUGAUGUGAGAAUGAUAUGAUAUAGCAUUCUGCUCCCUGUCUUCUCGGUGAUUCCUUUCUCGUCGAAUAAUGUGGUAAGUCAGGC